GUCGUCAGUUUCGGUAACAGCCAGAAGAAGAGGACGACGGAACCGGACGUGGCUUGUAAACGUCUAAAGCAGCUUUAGAGCUGUAAACGUAGCCUUUUAUUACACGUUCAAACACGGAAAAUAUUGAGCCACACGAAGGAGGAAUUAAUACCUGUCCUCCUUAAAGGAAUAGAAAGGGAACACGGUUUUCUUUCACCGUCGCUAGCCUUCCUGUUCAGCCUUUUGUUUUUCACUGCUGCGCUCGAGCAGGCGACCAGUAGCGCCCUCGUGCGAGCCAACGGAGAAGAGCUCGAGGAUAGGGAGCCAGACGAGCGGCCGAGCUUGUAGCCUCCCGAGCGACGCGGGCCCCUCCAGCUCAUUUGUCCGAUGCGGAGUGAGGAUGAGUCCCGCUCUGGAAGCCCUCAUGCAGGCGGACGGGACUCCUUAUCCCGAGAAAGGGGUGAUGCUUGAACCCUUCGUGCACCAGGUGGGAGGCCACUCCUGUGUGCUACGAUUCGGGGAACAAACAAUCUGCAAACCCCUCAUCCCCCGGGAGCACCAGUUCUACAAGAGCCUCCCCCCAGAGAUGCGGAAAUUCACCCCUCAGUUUAAAGGUGUGGUAUCAGUCAGUUUUGAAGAGGAUGAGGAAGGGAACCUGUGCCUCAUUGCCUACCCCCUCCACAGCGAGUUGGGUGACCUGGAAAACAAAGACCCCUCAGCAGACUGCGAGCCCAAGAGUAAGAUGCUGAAGUGGAGCAAAAAGAAGCAGUCCGCGCUGCUUCUGGAAAACGACAACUAUAGCAAAGAAAGAGCCCGCCACAGCCGAAAAGAGGACAAAAUCAUAAGUUACAAUCGUGAUGAGAUGCAGCAGCAGCAGGCGGAGGUUCUCUACUUCAGCAUGGAGAAAGGCAACGUGGUGCCACAGAUCAAACACAACCCCUGGAGUCUCAAAUGUCACCAGCAGCACUUGCAGAGGAUGAAGGAAAAUUCAAAGCACCGCAAUCAAUACAAAUUUAUUCUUUUAGAGAACCUGACAUGGCGCUACAAAGUACCAUGUGUUUUAGACUUAAAGAUGGGAACUCGGCAACAUGGAGAUGAUGCAACAGAGGAGAAGAAAGCCCAUCAGAUUCGCAAAUGUCAGCAAAGCACAUCCUCAUCUAUUGGAGUGCGACUGUGUGGCAUGCAGGUGUACCAGUCUGAUUCAGGCCAGCUGAUGUUCAUGAAUAAGUACCAUGGCCGUAAGCUGACCCUAGCAGGCUUCAAGGAGGCCCUGUACCAGUUUUUCCACGACGGGCACCGCCUGCGCCGAGAGCUGCUCUCCCCUGUGCUCCGCAGACUCCGGGAAAUGCAAGCCGCCCUAGAGGCCUGCGAGUCUUACCGCUUCUACUCCAGCUCCCUGCUCAUCAUCUAUGAUGGUGAUCCUCCCAGAACCCCCACCAGACCCAGACACCGGGGUGGAGAAGAAGGCGAUGAGGACGAGCCAUCUGAUGAAGAAGAGGAGGAGGAAGGAGCCUUUGGUUUCCCUCGUUCCUCCUCUGCAGGUGGCAGCAGUGGAGUGGCGGCAGGGAGCAGCAACAGCAGCAGCCGCUCAUCCAACAGCACAGGAGAGGCCAGCAGCCCUGCAGUGGACGUGCGCAUGAUUGACUUUGCUCACACAACCUGUAGGCACUACGGAGAGGACAGCGUGGUUCACGAAGGACAGGACAGCGGCUUCAUCUUCGGCCUCCAGAACCUCAUCACCAUCAUUUCUCAGCUAGAGGAUCACAGCACUGACUGAGGCCGAAACAGAGCCAACCUGGUCUAAAUUUGAAGCGUGGGAAUAGCUCUCUGUGGCUGAAACCCUGCAUACCCAAGGCGCAAUGCCUACAUGGGGGUCUGAGCCUCCUCUGCUUGGAGGGAACCUCAGACACCUCGGGGUCUGGGGGAGAGAGACCGUGUGGAGGUUACUGCUCUCUCCCUCACCUGCCAGAGGACAGGGCUGCCUGGGCCCUUACUUGCACUUUCCUCUUUAUGAGACUGCUCCUUUUCUUGGUUAUACAUGGUAGGAGAAAUGUGGGAGGUGGCAGACUUUCGUCAAACACAGGGACCCCUGUAGCAUCCUAGGACUCGCCCCUCCUCCCCUCCCACUUUGGUACAGACGAGUUUCUUCAUUGUUAAGUUCUCUCUAAGAGAGAAAGAGCGAGGCUGAGGUCAUUGAAGCUCAGUGUAGUUGUAGGAGCUUUACGUGGUGCUUUACCUGUGAUAUGACAUGAGUUUUGUUUAUACUUAAUUUUUGGAUGAAGUUUUGACUCACUGUCCCCCCCAACAGCACAGCACAUUAUUGUGGGGGAAUAGACUGUACAUGCUGACCUUGGCUGGCUGGGUCAGCAGCCUUGUAGCAUUGGCAACUUUAAGCUUCUGAGAAAGAUGUUUUGUGUUUAUACUUGCGUCUCUGAGACCUCGCAACGAACAUGCUUUUUUGAUUCAACUGGGCACUCUUAUUUUUGGUAGAAGAACAAGAUGGUUUAGGUUUAGAAGAAGAAGGGAUUUGCCUUUUUUCACUCUCCUGUACCUUUUUGCCUAAAAACAAAGGACUUUUUUCAAAGGGGAUAAUAUCCUUGUUUUGUCACUGUCUUUGUUUCCGUCUGACUUUUCUCCUCUUCAUUCCUGAAACUUUGACUAAACAAAGAGAAUAUAUUGAUUUAAAACACUAGCUUCAAAGACUAUAAAGAGACUAUUUAUUUCAAAGGAUUGUUUAAAAACAUAAAAAAAAUGGAAACAGCUACAUUCCAUAUUACCACUUUAAAUGUUCUGAUAUUGACUUUGAUUUAUUUUAUUAUUGCAGGAGCUGAUACCUCUCUUGUGUACCUACCUGUGUGUUAACAGUGUCUUGGAAAAUAAAGGCAUUCAUUUGUGAUAAAAAAAAAAA